GCCAUGGCGGCAUGCCCUACGGCUUUUGACUGCGAUGCUGAACUAAACGACCCCGGAGCGGCUCCUUACGGCAAUUUCAUAAACUACUACACCUUCAACCCCCCGGAGAACCGCCUGAGCCUGAUCCCCGGAUCCCUGCUGCACGAUCUGGGAUACGGCGGCGGAACCGAGGGCGACACGCUCAUCCUGGAUGUGGGCUGUAACUCCGGGGAGCUGAGUGUUGCUUUUUACAAGCACCUGGUGCAGGAAGACCAGUCAGAAGGGAGGAGAGUUCACCUCCUGGGCUUUGACCUGGACGAAGCCCUCAUCCAGCGCGCCCAGCAGAACAACCCUCUGCGCGGCAGCAUCGCCUUCAUCCCUCUGGACAUCACCAAAGACACGGAGCAGCUGCAGGACUACCUCCGCCUGCACGGCUGCCCUCGCUUCCACCUGUGCCUGUGCCUGGCCGUCACCAUGUGGAUCCACCUGAACCACGGAGACGCCGGCCUGCUGCGGCUGCUCUCCCGUCUGGCCUCCAUCAGCCAGCACCUGCUGCUGGAGGCCCAGCCCUGGAAGUGCUACCGCUCCGCGGCCCGCCGCCUCCGCAAGCUCGGCCGCUCGGACUUCGAUCACUUCAAGAGUCUGGACAUCCGCGGGGACGUGGCGGGACACGCCAGGGAGCACCUGGAGAGACACUGCGGCAUGGAGCUCAUCCAGAGCUUCGGCAGCACGGCGUGGGACAGGAAACUGCUGCUGUUCAGGAGGAGGUGACGCCCGGAAGGAAGCGUUUACAGGGGUCUGAUGUGCUGCAGAGAGCAACCACAAGACAGAGCACAACCCAAGCUGUUGUUAAACAAUUCAACAGAACUGGACGUCUAUAGUUUUUUUGUAACUGCAACAAUAUAUUCUUAAUAAAAUGUCAUUUUUCUUCAGAAGUUCUUUCAGAGCGUGUAUUUUUUUGCCGAGACACUAAACAUGAUUUUGGGUUUGAUAUUAAAAUAUUACCUCACAGUAAACCUCAUCUUAUCUCUCAUGUACACAGUGAAGCUGAACAAUACACAGCAAGUAUGUUUCAAUAAAGAAGGCUUGGCAUUGU